CUUAACGGUUACUGAGGGAAGUGUCACGUGCAGCACCACCUAGUGCCACGUGCAGCACUACGCAGCUGGUGCCGGAACUUUUUGCGCAAGGAAAGGAGACCCUGCACCCGUGGAGGGAGCCCUUUUGGGAUUGCUGGCAUGAGAGAAGAUGACAACGGGACUAUUUUCAAGAACGCUGCACAGGCAAGUCACCAACAUUCCCAAUCCCGUGAAUUGCUCGCAGAGGUAGCAGCACGCGGAGGGAGCUGCACGCGGCACGCGGAGGGAGCCGCCGCAUCACGUCAAUGUGCUGGGCAGCACAGCAGCAUCCGCUCUUCAGACGCCGGAGAUUUUGCACUUGCUCUUCACACGCCGAAAGGAUUGGACUAAUGGCGGAGCGGAGUGCUGAGAUGCCGCAGGAGGCCAGGCCCGAUGCGGGUACCUUGCAGGUGUUGCGAGACAUGGCCAGCCGCCUGCGAAUUCAUUCCAUCAGGGCCACGUGCUCCGCCAGCUCCGGCCACCCUACAUCAUGCAGCAGUUCUGCCGAGAUCAUGUCUGUGCUGUUCUUCUACAUCAUGAGGUACAAGCAGUCAGAUCCAGAGAAUCCAGACAAUGACCGAUUCAUCCUCACAAAGAGACUGUCGUUUGUGGAUGUGGCAACAGGAUGGCUUGGGCAAGGACUGGGAGUUGCGUGUGGAAUGGCAUAUACUGGCAAGUACUUCGACAGGGCCAGCUACCGGGUGUUCUGCCUCAUGAGUGACGGCGAGUCCUCAGAAGGCUCUGUCUGGGAGGCAAUGGCCUUUGCUUCCUACUACAGUCUGGACAAUCUUGUGGCGAUCUUUGAUAUGAACCAGCUGGGAUGCAGUAGUGCAUUGCCCUCCAAGCACUGCAUAGACAUCUAUCGGAGGCGCUGCGAAGCCUUCGGGUGGAACACUUACGUGGUGGACGGCCGGGACGUGGAGGCACUGUGCCGGGUGUUCUGGCAGGCCUCUCAGGUGAAGCACAAGCCCACUGCUGUGGUGGCCAAGACUUUCAGGGGCCGGGGCACACCAAAUACGGAGGAUGCAAAAAGUUGGCAUGGAAAGCCAAUGCCAAGAGAAAGAGCAGAUGCCAUCAUCAAAUUAAUUGAGAGCCAGAUAGAGACCACCAGGAACCUUUAUCCACAGCCCCCCAUCGAGGACUCCCCUGAAAUCAACAUCAUGGAUGUAAGGAUGACCUCUCCACCUGGUUACAGAGUUGGUGACAAGAUAGCUACUCGGAAAGCAUGUGGCUUGGCUCUGGCUAAACUGGGCGAUGCAAACGACAGAGUCAUUGUGCUGGAUGGUGACACCAAGUACUCUACCUUCUCUGAGAUCUUCAACAGAGAGUACCCUGAGCGUUUCAUCGAGUGCUUUAUGGCUGAACAAAACAUGGUGAGCGUGGCGCUGGGCUGUGCCUCCCGCGGGCGGACCAUUGCAUUUGCCUGCACCUUUGCUGCCUUUCUGAGCCGAGCAUUUGGUCAGAUCCAGAUGGGAGCCCUCUCUGAAAGCAACGUCAACAUUAUUGGCUCCCACUGUGGGGUGUCUGUGGGUGAAGAUGGCGCUUCCCGGAUGGCCUUGGACGAUAUAGCCAUGUUUCGAACCAUUCCCACGUGCACCAUUUUCUAUCCAAGUGAUGCCGUCUCUACGGAGCAUGCUGUUUCUCUGGCGGCCAAUGCCAAGGGAAUGUGCUUCAUUCGGACCACCCGACCAGAAACUUUCGUCAUUUACACUCCACAGGAACACUUUGAGAUCGGACAGGCCAAGGUCCUCCGCCGCUGUGUCUGUGACAAGGUCACAGUUAUUGGAGCUGGAAUUACUGUGUACGAAGCCUUAGCAGCUGCUGAUGAGCUUGCAAAACAAGGUAUUUUUAUCCGUGUCAUUGACCUGUUUACCAUUAAACCUUUGGAUGUCACUACCAUCAUCUCCAGUGCGAAAGCCACAGGGGGCCGGGUCAUUACAGUGGAGGAUCACUACCCACAAGGUGGCAUAGGGGAAGCUGUCUACACAGCCGUCUCCAUGGAUCCUGACAUUAAAGUUCAUUCGCUGGCAGUGUCGGGAGUGCCUCAGAGUGGGAAGCCCAAGGAAUUGCUGGAUAGGUAUGGAAUUAGUGCCAGACACAUCGUAGUGGCCGUGAAAUGCAUGUUGCUGAACUAAAAUAGCUGUUGGCUUUGGUCUUAAAAGGCCUGUUUACCCUACGUUUGUUUGUUCCAAAACCAUCAUUUAGAUCUAUACUGUCAUGCUUUGUUUCUUAAAAGCAAAGCUAGCUUAACACCUUCCUUCAUCCCUAGUUUGGAAAUUCAAGCUAACUACUUAUCCUUUAAACUGUGACUGCAUAUGCAAAUACCACAAUAAUUUUUGAAUCAUUAAAGGGAGUCAUACAAGGUUAAGUGAAAAAAAUAGGUAGUAAAACAACCACCUCAUAGUAAGUCUUUUAAUAACACUAUAGAUACGUGGUAGAGUUAGUAACUUCUUAAUGUACUUCCUUCAUGAGUAACUAGUAGAGGUAAUCUUUUUUUUAAUGUAUAAGACUCUAGAUAAGUGGUAGAGGUAAUAAAUUCUUCAGUGUAUUUCCUCGAUGAGUAAUUUACAUAUAAGACUCUAGAUAAGUGGUAGAGGUAAUAAAUUCUUCAGUGUAUUUCCUCGAUGAGUAAUUUACAUAUAAGACUCUAGAUAAGUGGUAGAGGUAAUAAAUUCUUCAAUGUAUUUCCUCGAUGAGUAAUUUACAUAUAAGACUCUAGAUAAGUGGUAGAGGUAAUAAAUUCUUCAGUGUAUUUCCUCGAUGAGUAAUUUACAUAUAAGACUCUAGAUAAGUGGUAGAGGUAAUAAAUUCUUCAAUGUAUUUCCUCGAUGAGUAAUUUACAUAUAAGACUCUAGAUAAGUGGUAGAGGUAAUAAAUUCUUCAAUGUAUUUCCUCGAUGAGUAAUUUACAUAUAAGACUCUAGAUAAGUGGUAGAGGUAAUCCUUUUCUCAAUGUAUUUCCUUCAUGAGUAAAGAAAAUGUGAACUGAAGUAUAGAUUGCAGUAGCCUAAGUUCCACAGCACAAUAACACCGUGACACCUGCUGUUCCCACCUUGGGAUUCUGUGUGCUGCCAUCCAACCUGCAGCCUCCUGGGUAAUGGUGUGACUGCAGCUGCCCUGGAAUUCAGUUCACUGCCUUCGUGUCCCCUCUGCUGUUGAGAGCCUGUCAGGCAGCAGCGAAAGCUUGUUGGGAUGUCCUGUGCUGCUUGUGUGACUGCUCUGUGAAGCGAUGAGAGCACGCUAGUUCCGACCUCUAUACUGUGCCGUUCAAGGUGGUAAUAAAGCAUUUCAGAACAGUUGCUUUAUUCAGCACAUGCUUUCUGUGUGAA